AUGGAAAGAGCGGUAAUGGUGGGCAGGGGGCCGACAGGGGCCGGGGUUCUCGUCCUGUCGUUCCUCGUCAUCAUCUUCACCGCGGAAGGUUGCAGGGCGCAGAAAGGGGAUGGCUGCGGUCCCACAGUGCUGGGCCCAAUUAGCGGGACCCUGUCAUCACUUGGCUAUCCAGGGCCGUACCCUAAUAACACGGUGUGCGAGUGGGAGAUCAGCGUGCCGCCUGGAAAGAGAGUCCACUUCUGCUUUGCCGAGCUGGACAUCGAUGACGGCGACUGCCAAGUCAACUACCUCCGCUUGUACAACGGCAUCGGACCUGAUAGGAGCGAGAUCGAAAAGUACUGCGGUUUGAAGGUGAAGAUGGACAAGCUAAUAGAGUCCACCGGCAACCAGGUGACCGUUCAGUUCAUGAGCGGAUUCCAUCACACUGGACGUGGAUUCUACCUGUCCUACUCCACCACAGAACACACAGAUCUCAUCACCUGCCUGCACAAAGGAAGUGAUUUCUCUGAAGCGGAAUAUAGCAAAUACUGUCCAGCCGGAUGCUUAACAUCUACAGAGGAGGUUUCCGGGACAAUACCGAUUGGCUACAGAGAGUCGUCUCCCUUGUGUCUGGCCGCCGUCCACGCUGGCGUGGUGUCCAACGCUGUGGGGGGAAGGAUCCAUGUGGUAAGCAGCAAAGGUAUCCGGCACUACGAGGGCACACUGGCUAACAACGUCACAUCCACUGGAGGAACCCUUUCAAACAGUCUCUUCACCUUCAGGACAAAUGGCUGCUAUGGAACGCUAGGACUAGAGUCCGGCGGCGUGGCGGACAUUCAGAUCUCUGCGUCCUCUGUGUGGGAGUGGAACAAUUCGGAGGGCCAGCACAGCUUGUGGGCGCCGUCGGGAGCGCGGCUAAAAAAGACGGGACUACCUUGGGCGCCCUCCCAGAGUGACCAACACCAGUGGUUGCAGGUGGACCUGAAAAGACAGAUGAGGAUCACAGGCAUCACCACCACCGGCUCUACUCUGAGGGAGUACCCGUACUACGUGGCGGCGUACCGCAUCCUCUACAGUCACAACGGCCAGCGCUGGUUCAGCUACAAGGAGGCCAACACCACACAAGACAUGGUUUUCCAAGGCAACAUUAACUACCUGCACGAGGUAAGGAAUAAUUUCAUUCCCCUGGAGGCACGCUACGUGAGGAUAAACCCAACUUGGUGGCACCAGAGGAUUGCCAUCAAGGUGGAGCUGCUGGGAUGCCAAGUGCCGACAGUGAGGACAGGCGCUGAACCCAGGAUGUUCCCACCACCCCGUUUCACACCCCGCCCAGCUCUACCCAAACGUCCACGUACGUUUGGCAAGACCACCUCACCUCCAGACAUCAGGAACACCACCAUGCCACCGCACGCUGGCAAAGAGGUGGCGCUAGCGGCUGUUCUUGGCCCAGUCAUGGUGUUGACGGCACUCUUCUUGCUGGUGAUUUGUGCUUGGCACUGGAAGAGUCGGAAGAAGAGCUCUGAAGGAACGUAUGAUCUUCCUCACUGGAAUCGCAGUGACUGGUGGAAAAGUAUGAAGCAGCUGCUGCCGUCCAAGUUGGUGGAGGUGGAAGAUACGGUACGCUACAGCAGCAGCGAAGUUGGACGGCUGACUUCGAGGGGCGCCGUUCCGAGACUGCACGCCGAACCUGCAGAAUACGCGCAGCCCCUGGUCAGCGGCGUGACAACGCUGGGCGCACGCUCCACCUUUAAACCCGACGAGGGACCCGACCCGGGGUACAGCGACCCCGAUCUGUACGACGCGCCCAUAUCGCCCGAUGUCUACCACGCGUACGCCGAGCCCCUGCCCGCCUCGGGAGCCGAGUACGCCACGCCCAUCGUGGUGGACAUGGGCCGUCACCCGCAGGGGGCCGCGCCGACUACAUUGUUACUGACACGGACAGACGGAGGCCGGUCGGCGUACGACACGCCUAAAAAUGCAGCGGGGCAGGAACUGACCUAUCAAGUGCCUCAGUGCGGUGCCAACAGAGCCGAAGGAGGCGUGUGA